GCCAGGCUGGGCGGGCUGCAGGCGGGAGGCGGCGGCGGAGGAAGAUGAAGAUCCAGUUUCUGACAUGAGAUUCACUGAGUGAUCAUUUCAUUGAGAUCAACUUGAAUAACCAGGUAUUCAGUGCAAGAGGAAUACACCAUGGCUGAGGGCACUCAAAUUUAUUUAUUACCAGUCUCUACUUCUGAUUCUUCAAAAGAAGUAAACAGCACAUCGUCAGCAUCUCCUAAUACCCAGGAUUCCAGUCAGCUGUCACAGAGACUCCUGAUAGAAAAACAGCAGGAAGAAGCAGAAUGGGAAAACAUAAACACGCUGUUGAUGACAUAUGGCCUAAAACCUUUGUGUCUUGUCAAGAGGACGGACCUUAAAAAUCUCAUUGUUUUUGAUAAGCAGUCUUCACAGAGGAUGAGGCAGAAUUUGAAGGUGCUGAUGGAGGAGACAUCACGGCAGCAGAAGAUGAUCCGAGAGCUCAUAGACUGCAACCAGCAGCUGAAAAAUGACCUUCAGCUAGAACAAAACCGAGCAGACCAUCAGGAGCAACGGGCUAAUGACUUAGAAGAAGUGAUGGAGGGUGUGAAAUCCAAAAUUGGUGAAUUGGAAGAUGAAUCGCUUAAUAGGGUUUGCCAGCAACAGAGUAAAAUCAAAGAGCUUCAGAAGGAACAGAGAGCUUUACAGAUGAAAUGCCAACAUUACAAGAAGAAACGAGUGGAACAGCAAGAGAUUAUUACUUCUUUGCAAAAGGAGAUGUGCAGACUAAGGAAAGAGGAGGAGGAGCGUGUUAUCACGCAGAACAGAGUGUUUUCCUACCUCUGCCGCAGAGUCCCCCACAGCAUCCUGGACAGACAGUUGCUUUGUCUAAUUGAUUACUAUGAAUCUAAACUUAGAAAAAUCAAUUCACAAAGGCAGUACAAAGAAGAGGAGAGUCAGUCAGAAGAAGACAGAGACUUCAGAGAUACGGAUUCCUCACCAAGCUAUAAAGGCCUUCUCAUGUCAUUACAGAAUCAACUCAAAGAAUCAAGAUGCAGGAUUGAUACCCUUUUAGGUGAGAAACUGGACCUCCAAAAAGAUUUGGAAAACAGGCCAACACAGCAUGAAUUAAGACUUUAUAAACAACAGGUGAAGAAAUUGGAAAAGGCCCUUAAGAAAAGUGUUAAAUUACAAGAGCUUAUCAGUCCUAAAAAGACUGAGGACACAGAAAGAAAAGAUAUGCCCAGCAAAGAAAACCAUCAACCAGCCCUAGUUGACCAGAGAUACUUUCAGGUGCUGUGUAGCAUCAACUCCAUUAUUCACAACCCCAGAACUCCAGUAAUAAUUUACAAGCAGAGCAAAGGAGGAGCCCCAAAUUUCAACAAAGACCUUGUGCAAGACUGUGGAUUUGAACAUCUCAUUCCAAUAAUAGAAAUGUGGGCAGAUGAGCUGACAUCCCUAAAGGAUUUGUACAAGACCCUGAAGAUGCUGUCUGCAGAGCUGGUCCCGUGGCACAACUUCAGAAAGCAGAGCGAGAACGAAGGUGUCAGAGUUGAGGACCUGCUGCUCAUGGUGGACACCAUGCUGGAGGAAGUGGAGAAUAAGGACAGACAGGACAGCAAAAUGCCGAACCUUCAAAUGCUGCACGCUAUUGUCUCCCACUUCCAAAAACUGUUCGACGUGCCGUCCUUGAACGGAGUGUACCCGAGGAUGAACGAAGUGUACACGAGGCUGGGGGAGAUGAGCAACGCUGUGAGAAACCUCCAGGAGCUCUUAAAUUUAGACAGCUCGUCUUCGCUGUGCGUGCUGGUGAGCACGGUGGGCAGGCUGUGCAGGCUGCUUCACGAGGACGUGAAGGAGCAGGUGAAGCGCGUGCUAGGACCUGAAGACCUCCAAAGCAUUAUCAGCAAGUUGGAAGAACAUGAGGAAUUUUUCCCGGCAUUUCAGGCUUUUAUUAAUGAUCUACUACAAGUCUUAGAAAUUGAUGACUUGGAUGCCAUUGUACCUGCAAUAAGGAAAUUAAAAGUACUUUCAUACUGAAAACAAACCAAAUCAUUUUUACUGUGUAAAUUGUAUUCCUAACCUUCUAAGCAUUACAGAACUGAUCUUAUUUUAAGACAAGAGUUCUAAAAUGUAUUAGUCUCCAGAAUUCAUCCUUUUCUUAGUAUUUGGGUCAUUCUUCACCAUAUUAUGUGUUUUUUUUUUAAAUUAGCCUUACAAUUCUUCUACAGAAAAUAGCUGCUAAGUUAUUGAAAUAUUGAAGUAAUUUAUUAGAUCCUGUAAUCAUUUCUUAAUUCUUGAGUGCUUUACAGUUUGUGGUCAUUUUAAAGUAGUUUGUGUGUGAGACCCAGGGAGAGAGAGAUUGCAGAUGACAGAAAAGUUGGAUUUAAGUUCAGGGCUUAAUGGCCUUUGGAUCAGGCAAGAGGAAUCCCAGCCAGAAGGGCCUCUGCGCUCCUGGCACCGGUGUCAAGAUAUUCUUUAGAGCAGUCCCCAUUCAGAGCAGGAGGGAGGAAAGGAAGAAAGAGAAAGAAGGAAGUGUGUUCUUUGUGUUAGGGCAGGAUCUUGGAUCCCAGGGUAAGAGAGAGAGAAAUCUUGCUGAGAGUGUCCAGUUGGCAAUCUUGUUGUAAUUAGUUUUAUAAGGAUAUAAGAUUUCAAAUAAACUGUGUAAAGACUUU